UUCGGCGCUGUACGCGGCCCACGAGUCUCGGGAGGAAGAGGAAAAGCGUAACCUAGAGGGUGAACUGGGAGGUGGUGUCCAUCUUAUUUACACCGGUGAGAUUGCUAAAUUUUUGAUCUGUCGGAUAUUUCAGGAGUAUAAAAGUUGAAAGCCGGGUCUUCAGAGAUGAGCAGUUCAGAGGAAGUGUCAUGGAUCUCCUGGUUCUGUGGCCUGAGGGGCAAUGAAUUUUUCUGUGAGGUGGAUGAAGAUUACAUCCAGGACAAGUUCAACCUGACGGGGCUCAAUGAGCAGGUUCCCCAUUACCGCCAGGCCCUAGACAUGAUCCUGGACCUUGAACCAGAUGAGGAGCUGGAGGACAAUCCCAACCAGAGUGACCUGAUCGAGCAGGCAGCUGAGAUGCUGUACGGCCUCAUCCACGCACGCUACAUCCUCACUAACCGAGGCAUCGCACAGAUGUUGGAGAAGUAUCAACAGGGAGAUUUUGGCUAUUGCCCCCGAGUCUAUUGUGAGAAUCAGCCUAUGCUUCCUAUUGGUCUGUCAGACAUCCCAGGGGAGGCCAUGGUGAAGCUGUACUGUCCUAAAUGCAUGGACGUCUACACGCCCAAGUCCUCCAGGCACCACCACACAGAUGGAGCCUAUUUUGGCACUGGCUUCCCCCACAUGCUCUUCAUGGUUCACCCUGAGUACAGGCCCAAGAGGCCCGCCAACCAGUUUGUCCCAAGGCUGUACGGGUUCAAGAUCCACCCCAUGGCUUACCAGCUGCAGCUGCAAGCCGCCUCCAGCUUCAAGAGCCCCGUCAAGGCCAUCCGCUAGAGGGUCCAGGACAAAGGAGGAGGAGGAAGAUUCAUAGAGAGAGAGAGAGAGGGAGAUGACAGGAAAGAAUUAUCUCCAGAAGGGGAGCGGUCACCUGCAUUUUACAAAGCUUUUCAGAUGCCCCCUCCCCACCCUGAAGACUGUAUUAUUUUGGUUUAGAUUAGGGCAAAUGGAAAAAGUGUAAAGAUUUUUGAGGUGUGAGCGAGACAUAAAAAACCUGCAUAGCCAUGAUCACAAACAAACACCUGCACGCAUACAUACAAACAAAAUACAUAAAUGCAUCCACACACUUGGGAUUCCAUGCACAUACCUUACCAAACUCAUCAGUGCCAAAAAUAGGAGGGGAGGUAAGAGGAAGCUGAACAAUACAGGGGCUCCACGCUGCUCCUGCUGUUCGCUCACAUUACGAGCACACUGAUGGGUGUUGGGUGGAAAGCUGAAAGUGCAAUGACUGCGUCAGUUUUUACCUAUGGCUCUGUGUUUGUUCUGUAUUUGGCACAGUUUGGUAAAGAGUGGUGGUAAACCCCCCUAUUUGGAGCCUCUUUCCCCCCAAAUGCCCUCCUCCCAAUGCAUGUACACUCAGGCUGGCACUCACAGAGACAGUUCGGAUAUUUCAGUAUCACUCAUUUGUAAAAGGAAAAAAAUAAUUGGCUACUGGUUUGUCUAAUGCUUUGUGUUGUUGCACAACACAUUCUGUUGGAUUUGCCUUAAGAUUCAGAGAAAACACCCACAUUGUUUUUUUAUUUGUUGUUCGAGAGGCACAAGCAACAUAAUUUUUAUUUUUUUCCUCUAUCUGCCCUUAGAGGAGGUAAAGUAGAAAUAGAUCAAACUUACGUGCAUUUACGAAUCGUUCAGACAAUUGUAAGCAGCCUGUGUCAUUACUCCAGCUGUCUGUGGGUGUGUCAAACAGCGGUCUGUAUUGGUAACGUUACCUUUUAAAAUAUAACCUGUGCUACAAUCCCCCCUUUUCUAUCGUAGCUUCAUCUUCUUUAACUAAAUAGUUUGACAUUUUGGGAAAUAAUGCUUAUUUGCUUUUUGGCAGAGAAUAAAUGACACUCUUACCACUCUACGGUAAUGAAGCUAUCGCGAUAACAAGCAUAGAAAGGUAGCUAGAUCGGAAAUGGGGGAAACUUCCUACCAGCACCUCUGAUUAGCCACUAAUUAACUAGUUAUAUCGAGUUUUCUAGUUUGUACAAUGCUGGAAGUGUAAAAAUGACUAUUUGUCUUUUUAUGGGGGCUUAACAGCUGCAACCGAAGUUUAUGGUCCCAGUCAAGACCGAACCGGUACUAAACUGCAUGUAGUUUUUAAGCUUCGGUUUUAUACAGAUUAAAUAAACCAUUAAUAUUUGUUUGUAUAUAAUGUUUGUUGAGUUUCUAUAUCUGCUAACUGGCACGUAACCCCGUUGUCAUUUGUUUAAUCUGUACGAAACCGAAAUGUAAAAACAAUUAUUUAUGUGCCGCUUAGCUGUUGCCAUAAAACCAGUGCUGACUCCAGGAAGUUAUCGUACCUUUCCGAGUCAAGAAAUAGUCCGGCACAUGAUCCCCAGUAAAAGAAAAGUACUAGACAAUAAGUAAUAAAGGCAACUUGUGAACGUUAAAUGUGUUGAUAGGCGAGUUUUGUCAGGUGGACAAAGCCAGGCUAGCCUUUUCCCUGUUUCACGUUCUUUGCUAAGCUAAAAUCUAAACGUCUGCUGGUGGUAGAGAGAGGUAUAAUUUGUCUUGUGUAACACUGCAUGAAAGCAAAUAUUUCCCUACAUGUCAAACUGUUCCUGUAAAGACCAAGGAGGAGACUCAGAGAAAGAGGAAUUUAGACAAUCUGAAUCCUUAAGCUCACUCCACCACUGCACUGACCUUACUGGUGUCUCUCCACAGCUUCAUUAUUUAUGUUCAGGUUUAGAGACAGACAGACCACCAGCCGCUUGUGUUAUUUUGUUCGUUUGUUUCUAAAACCGUGGGGCAGAUCCCCCCCCUCCCUCUUCACUCUCCACUUUUGUGUGACUGGAACAGAUUGUUUUUGGAUUUCAUGAUACAAGAGAAACUGUAUUUGUGUCCAGAUUUUAACUAAUGUUUGUCCAUGUUGUCUUUCUGCUACUGUGGAAGGGUGAGCAGGAUUCAGAAUUCACAAUAAACUUCUAUUUUCUUUUCAUA